AUGGAAGCACAGGGAGAAGCCUCAUCUAACAGACAUGCAGGAUUCGUCACAGGAAUGACCCGUUCCCUUGAUCCAAGCGAGUUCGACCAAAAGGCCAUGGAACUCAUCAGUGCAGGCGCUCCACGUCCCGAGAUGAAACCAGUAGCGCCGCCCUCAGAUGCGGCGAAUUUAAUUGCAUUCUUGUCUUCUGAUAUGGCUAGUCAGAUUAAUGGGGCUGUUAUCCCCAUUGACAAUGCGUUCUCCACGAUCUAG